AUGAACUCCCAAACUGCCGAGCCAGGUCCGUCCUCACCACGUUAUAGGCAGACUUCACAGUCGGGACAAGGAUAUUCAGAUUACAGUCUUCAACCUGCCUAUACACCAUGGACCACUCAACCAAAUCUAAGCCCCAACAAUCCCUACUCCACCAUGCCUCCGUCUCUCUCCCCAGCUCAUACACUGCAGCAUCCUCCCUCGAGAGAACGUCUGACCAGCUCAACGUCAAACUCCUCUUUUACUUCCACGCUUAAAGGGAGAAGAGCACCUGCACCUGCUGCAUUAGACCUUAGUCCGAGGAGGGAUGAUAGGUACGGUGGAUUGGGAAUGGGACUUGAACCUUCACCUGAGAGUCGGAGAGUGGUCACUGAACCUGUACGCCGGACCUCACGACCACUCCCACACCCUCCCACACAAGCACCUCUCGCACCUUCUGCUCAUACGACACCUAUCAUCCCUCAGGUUUCUACAUCGAGACAGUCAACUCUGACAGUAGAUGAUAAUGAUGCGCGAAUUUCUCCUGAACAACCUGAUCCAUCCAAUAUUGACCGUAAAGCGCUCAUCGGUGUAGGAGAACUCGCUACUCCUCGUUGGGGAGCUUCAACACAACAUCAACAUCUACGUACACCUAGUAUGCCUUUCAAUCUAGGUAGUAUCCCACCUCUACCUCAGCCGACAAUGGAUGAUUGGAUGCAAGGCAAGGAAGGUGUUGGAUUAGGGUUUGAAGCCGAAGGAAAAGCAAGACCUCAUUCGAUGUCACAGACGCAGACUCCGCCUCGAUUACCUAGCAAAUCACCGGCAAGAGAUAGGAACAAAGAAUCAGCUACUGCUCCACCGAGUACCAAGAAAGAAGAUCCCAUGUUCUCUCUCAACACAUUGGCGGACUUCAACUUCGAUACUUCGAUGGAAGCAGCUCUGGCAGCCUCAUUAUCUAUGCCGGAGACCAAACCCUCUACCACUGCACCCUCCGAACCAGUCCAUGCUCUGGUACCGGAAUCGCCGGUACGAGGUCUCAAUCAGAUGCAUAUACCAGAAUCACCCAUCUCACCAAACAGCGCUAGAGCUAGAAUAUAUGCUAGAAGACAAGAAAGGGAACGAGCUGCCGCUGCUGCUAAUGCUGCUGCAGCGAGUCUAUAUCCAUCUCAACCUCCUACUUCAGCUGAUUCGCAAACUUUCGGCAAUCGAGCAAACCUAUCUCAACCUCCCACAUCUGCCGAUUCUCAGACUUUCGCUCAUCGUACCUCGAAGGAUAGCAGGAAGACACCGCCAAAUCAGUCUCGACAUAGCUCUCAUGAUAUACUGAAACAGUUCGCUCCCAAAGAUUUCUCUCAUCUGCCGCCUAGUCCCUCUACCGCGUCCAUCAAUCAGAUCCUCAAAGGUUCAGGUUCAGUCAACAAUUUCGCUUCUUCCAGUACACCCCCUUCUAGCGCUUCCGGUACGACUUCACAUUUUGGUCAGAAGUCGAUUCAAAGAUCGGACUCACAACGAUUACGAUCUGCGACAUCGAAUCCCAGACUUGAUGCGCAUACCGAAGAAGCGAUGAGAAAAUUAGAUGGUAUUUCAACUACACCUGGUAAAUCAAAACCGAAAGUGAAAACUCCUGUAGUCUCAAGACCUGGUACACCACCUAGUACCAAGCAUAAAAAGGUACCGUCCAGAUCGAGCAAUGGAAGCCUCAAAGAUUCCGAAUCGCCCCUUAACAACUGGAUUGACAUCGGUGAAGAACUGCCUGCUGUGCCUAUUCCAAAAGCGAAAACCGCCAAGCGAGAAUCAUCAUCCUCAGCUAGCUUCAUCGGGACCCCGACAUCCCGCGACUCUCACUCAUUACCUACGACCUCGACUACUCCUUCUCUCAGCGAUGUACCUUCAGCCAAGGCUAGACGGGCUAGCGGUGGCAGUGAUGUAUCGACUCCCAGCAUCACAGUUGGCGAGCCAUUGGAUCAGGAUCGAGAUGUAUCAGUUCCACCUGUACCUCCUCUGCCCAAGAGCUAUAUAUCGAUGCGGCAGGGAAUGAAUAACGUGGCUAGUUUUGUGCCUGUGAGAGAAGAACCGUCUGCUUCUACUUCACCUCUCCUCUCGCCUCCAGCGCAACAUGCAACUUCUACCUACUCCCCUCCCGAGACGACGACCUCUCCUGUCAUGCCACCUCCAAAGAUGAACAAGAAAUGGUCUUUCUCCUCGGCUCUCAACCUCAAAGCAAGCUCUUCCCCUGCGGUCUCGAAUGAAGAACUCCCUCGCAGCCCUCAAACUCCUUGGUCAGAGAUACACCAAAGCGAGCUACCGUCUCCUGGCCUGAAUAGGCAUGAAUCCGAAGAAUCGCAGUAUCUGGCAACGAACAAACCUGCAGCCAAGAGGCUUACCCCAUCGUCAAUUCCCUUCUUCCGCCGUACGUCCUCGACUUCAACCCAGUCUAAAGGUACACCGCCUGAAACGCCCAAGCAAUCGGAUAUCAAGCCUGCACCUGGCUCUCAGUCGAGGAAAUCUGUACUUGGGAUGCAUCUACCUUCAAUGCUGAGAGGAAGUACAUCGAAACGAGGUAUAUCGCAGCAGUUCCCUGCACCAGCUAAACCUGAAGUCAAAGCUGAACCUCCUCAAGCUCAAAGUACAGGAUGGACAGGCAGACGCAGAGGAAAAAGCUCGGUUGAAAGCUCCCUGGAUAGCCGAUCUUCCGCAGCAUCGAAUCGAAGUGAAUCAACAAUCAACGGUCAACAAGAUAGGCGAUUGCCAGCCAUUGUCGGCUCCCCAGCGAGACCCGCAGAUGUGCGACCUUCAGACUCUUCUCGAAAUCUCCCGUCAGUUACACCGACGAAAAUACCUCGAAUAGCGAAUCGACCUGGAGUCGGGUCACCUUCGACUUCCAUGCCUCCUCCUGCUAUGCCAUCCCUACGAGGCAAGACGGUCAGCUCGAGCAUGGCGGAUCUCAGUCGACCGCCGAUCAGCGAGUUCGGUGUUGUUGAAGGAAUGACGACACCGAGACAGUCCACUUCCAGCGCUCAUCGGGCUCAUCUACUGGCACCUAUGUCUGCCAGACAGGAAGCUAGAAGAACUACAUCUCACAAUCGACCUUCUGAUCCGCCCAUCCGACGAGAUAUGGUUCCUCCAUCGAGAAGACAGCUACCUCAACCUCCACCUACAUCGUCUGUCACUGCCGCUACGGUAUCAUCCAGUGCCAAGAGGUCAUCUCGGGAUUUCCGAGUCACUCGUAGGGAUUCUAAAGAUACGCUUCAGAGUCAAAGCGGAGGCUCGUCUGGUCGAACAUCGCCUAUCAAACCUUCAAAAUCGCUUCAUUCCAAAUUAUCGAUACCAAGCACAUCCAGGAUGUCAUCAUCUUCAUCAGUUGGCGCUCCCGGUACCAGUUUCCGGAAAACUUCAUUGACUGCCGAAUCUCCCUCGAUGAGUCCAGCGGACGAUGAAGAAUCGUUAGCGGACGCAGAGAUGGCAGCAUACAUCAAGCGUCGUCGUCAACGUGCAGCAGCAGGAAAGAAGGAUGAUCUAUCUGACGUCAAUGAAUUCCCCGAAGAUACUUUGGCGGCUGAACCGAUGUCUCAAAGAGCGUUCAUCUCCAGAUUCUUACAGGAUAUGAGUGAUUUCGAGAGGAAGGAGGUAUUAGACUUCGACAAGAUUUACUAUACGCCUUUACCCAAGAAGAUCACUCGACCUCCUGCAUCUGGCGGUGUAGUGUAUAAUCAUGGGUAUGAUGAUGAACGAGGAGAUUAUCUCGUGGUGGAAGGUGAUCAUCUAUGUUAUCGAUAUGAAGUGGUCGGCAUAUUAGGUAAAGGAAGUUUCGGUCAGGUUGUCCAAUGUAGGGAUCAUAAAAACGGUCAAUCAGUAGCUGUCAAGAUCAUUCGGAAUAAGAAACGAUUCCAUGCUCAGGCUUUGGUGGAAGUCAAGAUCUUACAACAAUUGGUAGAAUGGGAUCCAGAGGAUAAACAUUACAUGGUCAGAAUGACGGAUAGUUUCUCGUUCAGAGGGCAUCUCUGUAUCAUCACCGAAUUAUUAAGUAUAAACUUGUACGAGUUGAUCAAAGCGAAUCAAUUUGCUGGAUUUACGACGGUGUUGAUCAGGAGGUUUACGACUCAGAUGUUGGCUUCGUUGCAGUUGAUGAGGUCGCAUAGGAUAGUGCACUGCGAUCUCAAACCAGAGAACAUCCUUCUAUGUCAUCCAGCUAAGAGUGGUAUCAAGGUCAUUGACUUUGGAAGUAGUUGUCUUGAGACUGAGAAAGUCUAUACAUACAUUCAAUCGAGGUUCUAUCGAAGCCCCGAGGUGAUCUUGGGGAUGAAUUAUGCCAUGGCAAUCGAUAUGUGGUCCUUGGGAUGUAUUUUGGCGGAACUGUACACUGGAGUACCUAUCUUCCCCGGAGAGAAUGAGCAUGAACAAUUAGCUUGUAUCAUGGAGGUUUUAGGUGUACCUGAUAGGUAUUUGGUGGAAAAGGCAUCGAGGAGGAAAAUGUUCUUUGAUGCUACUGGAGCACCUCGACCGUUCGUUAAUGCCAAAGGACGAAGACGACGACCGGGCACGAAGACACUCGCAUCAGUAUUGAAAUGCGAUGAUGAGCUAUUCGUAGAUUUCAUCGCCAAGUGUCUGACUUGGGAUCCCGAUAAAAGACUGAAACCUCAACCGGCUAUGAGACAUCCAUGGAUCCUUGCAGGCCGUAAGAGACAUGUCCUCUCUCCCAGUCGGACAGAGGAGAAAAGACAAAGUACAAGUACCAAUACUAUAAAUGGAGUUUCCAACGUUUUGUCAAACUCUUCUUUAAGAUCUAGUGGAAAUUCAUCAUCGUCAAAUUCGAAAUCGAAAUUAUUGAUUUCGCCACCUACACCUCUGAUGGCUAGGAAUGGUCAUAGUCUACAGCAAGUCCCUCAAUCUCUACCGCGGGUCGGUGGAGGAGGAGGGGGUCAUUCACAUUCGGUCAAUACGACGGGUUCUAGGUUGAGUCAUCAGACUAGGAAUUCAUUUACGACUGCAUCGAAAAUCAGCAUUGGUUAA